AUGCGAAUUCUGCAGGAACAUGAUCAUUCGGAGAUUUGGGAAACGAAUAAAAGCAUUUGCUAUUUACAGACGCAUUUCCUCGAUAUUUUUGGCGAACCCGAUCCACAGUACCACAGCAUAGCAUGUGUGUGGACGACCAGCUAUAGGGUCUUCGAAAUAACUCGUAUCUAUUGCUACAAAAUUCUCACACUUAUCUUUGGACUGCCGAUUGCCCUUAUUGCUGGCUUUAUCUUUGCAUUGUUCACCUUCUUAAGGAUUUGGGUUGCGCAGGUAUGUUGUUUAGUUAGAUUUCAACUCAUGCAGUUUUGA